AUGAAGAUAUUGAAAUAUGAUCAAAUAAUAAAAGGUUACAAGAACGCAGAUAUAGCACGCUUUGCUGCAAUUGCUAGAGGAUUGUCAGAUAUUUUUUAUCCAAAUAGAAUUAUUAAUAUUCAUGGUAAACACAAAUGGAAACGAUUACAUGAAAUUUUUGAUGGUCGAAUUAAACAAAUUCAAGACAAUCAAGAUACAUCCCAUCACAGUAUUAAAGUAAAUAUACCUCGUGAGAAAAAUAAUGUAGGAGGUGCCAAAAAUCCUUACAAUUCUGGUCAGCAUAAUUAUAUUCCUCCAGAUCUACCAAAUAAUUAUUCACCAGUGGCAGAUAUUCUAUUAUAUCAAUCUAAAAGACCAAAAAACUGCAAAACUUCAGAGUUUUUUUUAAGAAUAAAUACACCACGAGAAAUAUAUCAUGGUAAUUGGUUUUCUGAUUUAAAACUUGGCAAAAAUUCUCAUGAUAAUAUGCUUAAAAAUAUUGUGGCAGAUUGUAAAACUGAUGCAAAUGGACGUAAUCUUGUCAAUCAUUCAAUGCGUUCAACUGGAAUUUCUUUAUGGAUGUUACUUGGUAUAUCUCAUGCAGAACAGAUGGAUAUUACAGGACAUAGAACACUUGCUGGGAUUUCUGCAUAUUCAACUUCAACUGCUCAACAAAGAAAAAAAAAUGUUUCACUUCUUAUUCCCCAAAAAAGAAAUGCGGAUGAUCUUAAUGAAGAAUGUUUAACUAAAAAUUUUUCUAACAAAAAACAAAAUCCUUUAAGAGAAAAUACAUCGGGAAAUCAAGGUUUUAUUCCUGCUUCUCAAUUAUUACGAUAUGAUCAACUUGAAAUACAAUCUUUAGAACAAGUCCAUAAAAUAACUCAAGAUUCAUCAAAAUUACCAAUAAUUAAUAUUGAAAAUAUUAAUAUUCAAAAUUGUAAUAAUGUAAAAGUAGAAGUUAUUGUUAAACCAUUUGAAUAGUUAAAUAAAUAGUGUAGUAAUGUAAUUUUAUAUAUUUGUAAUAAUGAAAAAAUAAUUUGAGGAGUAUAAAAAAGUUUAUUGCUAUGAA